GCGCUUCGUGUUUAACAGUGCUGCAGUGUGUCGCGGCGACGAAGUCAGGAGGAGACGCUAACAGUCCGCUUUUCCAGCACCGGCCCUACGAUCAAUCUUUAAAACACCUGCCAUGUCUACAGAGCCCAACUACCGCCGCACUAAACCCGGAAUGAAAGCCAGCGUUCCUAAUUCCAACGGAGGCAGCGGUCCCUCAUCGCAGAUUCCCGGGCUGUCCCAGAAUGCUGACACGGCCCCGGUGGAGAAGGGCAAGGGCAGGAGAGUCGGAAUUCAGGCCAGCGACUCGGACUACGUCAAACUCGCCAAGCAAGGAGGCCACAAGGGUUUGUUGUCCCAUGAUGAUGAGACCAGCCCCCAGUCAGGACCGCCCCAAGACUCCGAUUUCCUCUACGGUGGUAAUCAAAGCCAGGCUAAAGCGUCCACGCAGAAGCUGGUGCCCCCGUUUGGGACCGAUGAUUGUCCAGGAUGGGACAAUGACUCUGGUGCUGGCAAAGAAAAGAAGUCACCAGUCGGCGAAGCCGAUCAGGAGAUGCAGAAGCUCUCGCUGAACCAGAAGGACAUCGACGAGGCCAACAAGUACAAAAGAACCUCACAUAAUAAGAUGGCCACCGCUCCGGUCAACAUGUCCAAGCUGCUGAGCUUUGGGUACAUGGAGGAGGAAAAGAAGUCUCCUGAUGAUGACGCCUCAAGUGUGACCUCAGAGCAGCUGAUAAGAAGCCCCUUAGCUCCCGGUGUUGCCAAGCUACAGCCACAGAAAGAGCGUUCGUUUCUCCACCACAUGUCCGCAGACGAGCGCCAAGUCCUCUUCACCGUCACCGCCGCACAAGACGAAUCCUGUUAGCAUCCACGGCGUUCUAAAUGGGUUCAUGGAGCUUGCAAUCGUGAAUGUGUUGCUAUGUUGUUUUUUUCGAUGUUAUGGUGGGUUAUUUUUCUUCUUAGAUACAGGUGCAGUAGACGUGCAGAGUUUUAACUCCGUAACAUUGUUUCUGUCUCAUUACAUAAUGUUUACAUUCAAUAUUGAUGAUCGAUAGACGAAUAAAAUAUGCAUGUGCACGGAAA